AGAGCUCUUAUUCUGUAAUCAUGAGUGUUUUUACAGAAGUUGACGUCUGAAACAGCAUUUUAGACUCUAAAUGAAGAUUUUCUACAUGUAUUACAUUCUUACUGUAUAUGAUCACACAGGCUGACCUGCUGAUCUCACUCAGAAUGUCUCUGACUGUUUCUCUGCUGGUUCUGCUCUUCAUCUCUGGAGUUGUUGCUCAGGAUGGGUGGGGUGUGGAUUACAAAGAUAAGUCUAUCUGUGCUCUAAAGGGGUCUACAGUGACCAUGCGCUGCACUUACACAUAUCCAAGUGGUCAAUUUGUCCAAAAAGCUUUCUGGACCAAACAGUGGGGUCGAGGUUCAGAGUCUGCUGAUCUGUUAGAUGAUCCAGAUUACAGAGGCAGAGUUCAGUACCUCGGAGAUAAACAACACGACUGCACUCUCAGACUGAGGAAUGUGAGAGAAACUGAUCAAAGUAUAUAUUACUUCAGAUUUCUAACAGACCAAUCUCAAGGAAACUAUGAAGGUGCAGGUGGAGUUAAUCUUUCAGUCACAGAUCUCCAGGUGGAGGUUCCUGAGAGAGUGAUAGAGGGAGAUGAAGUCACUCUCACAUGUAAAACCAGCUUCAGUCUGUCUGACAGACCAACAUUCACCUGGUACAGAAAUGGACAUCCUUUAUCCUCCAGUACUGACCAGCUCCACCUGCAGCUGGUCAGCAGGGAGGAUGCAGACAGGUAUCGCUGUGCUGUACUGGGUCUUCGCUCUCCUGAGGUCACUCUUAAUGUGAGAUAUCCUCCAAAGAGCAUCUCAGUGUCCAUCAGUCCCUCUGGUGAAAUAGUGGAGGGCAGUUCAGUGACUCUGACCUGCAGCAGUGAUGCAAACCCACCUGUGGAAUAUAACUGGAUUAAAGGAACAUCAUCAGUAGGAAAAGGAGAAACUUACACAAUGAAGAAGAUCAGCUCUGUGGACAGUGGAGAAUACAAGUGCAGGUCCAGUAAUGAACAUGGAGAGAAGCUCUCUGAAGCUCUAACUCUGAAUGUUUUGUAUCUCCAGGUGGAGGUUCCUGAGAGAGUGAUAGAGGGAGAUGAAGUCACUCUCACAUGUAAAACCAGCUUCAGUCUGUAUUACAGACCAACAUUCACCUGGUACAGAAAUGGACAUCCUUUAUCCUCCAAUACUGACCAGCUCCACCUGCAGCCGGUCAGCAGGGAGGAUGCAGGCAGUUAUGACUGUGCUGUAUGGAGUAAGAACCUUUACUCUCCUGAGGUCACUCUUAAUGUGAGAUAUGGUCCAAAGAGUGUCUCAGUGUCCAUCAGUCCCUCUGGUGAAAUAGUGGAGGGCAGGUCAGUGACUCUGACCUGCAGCAGUGAUGCAAACCCACCUGUGGAAUAUAACUGGAUUAAAGGAACAUCAUCAGUAGGAAAAGGAGAAACUUACACAAUGAUGGAGAUCAGCUCUGUGGACAGUGGAGAAUACAAGUGCAGGUCCAGUAAUGAACAUGGAGAGAAACUCUCUGAAGCUCUAACUCUGAAUGUUUUGUAUCCUCCAAAGAGCGUCUCAGUGUCCAUCAGUCCCUCUGGUGAAACAGCAGAGGGCAGUUCAGUGAAUCUGACCUGCAGCAGUGAUGCAAACCCACCUGUGCAGAACUACACCUGGUUUAAAGAAGGUGGAAGCUCACCUGUAGGAUCUGGACACAGUUACAGGGCUCCACAGAGAGGAUCCUACUACUGUGAGGCUCAGAAUGAACACGGAUCUCAGAAAUCAGCUGCAGUGACUGUAAAAGGGGUCUGGAAUUCAGCUCUAUAUGCAGUUAUUGGAGUCACAGCUGGAUGUGGAUGUUUAUCUAUUAUCAUUGCUGUAUUUUGUGUAAGGAGAAAGAGAAGAGGCAGUUCAGCUGAUGAUAAAAACCAGACACAGAACGUUGACCCUAAUGCUAAGGAUGACACCAACACAGCUCUUGACCCUGUGUCCAGAACCUCUGAUGAUGUGUACAACACACUUGCUACUGUUCAUUCCAGUCCUUCUGAUGAUCUGUACUCAGCUCUGGAUCCUCAGUCUCGCUCUCCUGAGUACGGCACUCUAGCAACUGUCAGAAACAAACACUGAAACUGUCACCAUGGAAACCACCCAAACUGAAGUGAACCACCCAUCGAAAUCAGAUGAGCAAGAGAGAUAGAGAGAGCUAGAGAGAGAGAGAGAUAGAGAGGGAGAGAUAGAGAGAGAGAU